AUGACAGCUCUAAUGACUAAAACAAAUCGCGGACGGGAGAAAUAUAUUCAUAACGCUCACAUGUUUACAUUUGAUAAAAUGAGCGCCAAUGGAGAAAGAAAAUUUUGGCGAUGUGAAUUUAAAAAUGACUGCAAAGCGCGAAUCCAUACCUCUGAAGCUACAAAUGAAGUUGUGAAAGAAAUAAACGAACAUACACAUGGCAAUGAUAUCGCGUUUGUGCAGGCUACGAAGGUCAAAGAAGCCAUGAAAAGACGAGCUGCUGAUACACCUGAAACUCCAGCACAAAUAAUAAAUAAUUCAUUAACGGGAUGUCCUAGCUCAGUCAAAGCUAAGUUACCAAGAAAAGAUUCAUUACGAAAAAUAAUCGAGCGAGUACGUAACAAAGUAAAUGCAGUUCCACCGGCCCCAGCAAAUCUCGAAGAAUUGAUCAUACCAGAUAAUUAUAAGAAUUACGUAAUUACUGAUGGCGAUGAGAUUAAAUUUUUGCUAGCAGACAGCGGUAAUAGUGCAGAUCGUAUUCUUAUUUUCGGUAGAGAAGAUAAUAAAAAUUGGAGCCAAUAUAUGAAGACUGUUUUCAUGGACGGGACCUUUAAACAAUCACCACCUCUGUUCUCACAAGUCUAUGUAAUCCUCGCUGCACGUGGGAGAUUUGUUUUUCCAGUACUCUAUGCAUUAUUGCCAGAUAAACGUGAAUCAACUUAUGAUCAUCUGUUUCACAUGAUUAAAGAGCUAUGGCCACAAUUUAAUCCUAACAAUAUUUCUAUCGAUUAUGAACUAGCAGCUCAUAAUAGUAUAGGACAAAAGUUUUCAGAAGCAAACAUUUUUGGAUGCCUAUUUCAUCUGACAAAAAACGUGAAAUUGAAACUUGGAGAAGAAGGAUUAAUGAAACAUUAUAAUAAUGAGCCAGAGUUUGCUGUGUGGGCGCGAAUGAUCCCAGCUUUGGCUUUCAUACCAAUGUCACAUAUUGAGACUGCUAUUGAGACACUCUAUGACAACCUCCCUGACGCUCUUCAUCCAGUCCUACAAUAUUUCGAGGAUACUUAUAUGGGACCCAUGAGAAGAAAUAAACGUGGCAGAGCUCGUUUCCCUCCUUCUACAUGGUCUGUCCAUGAAAGGACUCUUGCUAACCAAGACCGGACCAAUAAUUUUGCAGAAGCAGCCCACAGACGUCUGCAACGAGAACUGGAUGUCUCACACCCAUCAUUGUGGAAAUUUAUUGAUGGAUUACGAACAGUUCAGAGCUCACUUGAUGCAUAUUAUGAAGGGUAUCUUCGCAUCGAUAACCACCCCAAAAAACGAAGCAAAUGGGCCGCCAAUGAUGAACGAAUUAUCAAUAUUGUGAAAGACUUCGAUAAUCGUACUACAUUUGCAAAUUUCUGA